UCCACGAUUGGCUCAGCCGCGACCAAUGAGAAGAAGUUGCGCAGGAUCCUCGCGCUUUGGCAGUUAGCGCUCCGUUCGCUCGCGCCCUUCCCCCACCCUCAGCUCUCGCGCUCCCUUCUCCCCCCUCAGUCGGCAGUUGGGCGCGCGGCGACUCCCCUCCCCGCCCCCAUUGCUUUGCUCCGUCGGCGCGGUCGGUGUGGGUCCCGGCACCAUGAGUGGGGACGGUGGGCGCGGGGACCCACCAGCCCCGAAGCAGCGGCGCUUAGAUCCAGCUUGCCAACUGCAGAAAGAAACCGAGGCGGCCCAAGCGCUGGCUGACAUGACGGCUUGGAGCGGCGGGAGCCUUGAAACCGCCAACCAGCAGGAGGCGCGCGACAGCCCGGCGGCGCAGGCGAAGGGGGGCCUGGAAACGGCGCGUGACCCACCCGCGGGGGGCUCUGAAACAGACGGCGCGGCGAAGGGGGGCCGCGAAACAGCCGCCCGGCCGGAGAGCGGGGAUGGCCGCGAGGGGCGGAGGAAGAAGAAGGAGGCCCGGGAAAGGCGGAGGGCGGCCGAGGAGGAGUGCUCGGUCAUCUCCGUGGGUGAAGAGGACGACGAUGACGACGAGGAGGAGGAGGAGGAGGGCGGAGGAAGGCCCCAGCCCCCUCGCAAAACGGAGCAGUACUUGGAGGCGCUGGAGGCCGUGCAGCUGGAACUGGAGGCCGUGAACCAGCAGGCCAGCCGCACCUUCGCCCGCCUCAAGGCCAAGUUCGGCCACAUGCGGCGCCCGCAUCUGGAGCGACGGAACCGCAUCAUCCAGAACAUCCCGGGCUUCUGGGUCACCGCCUUUCUCAACCAUCCCCAGCUUUCAGCCAUGAUCAAUGAUCGGGAUGAGGACACCCUGAGCUACAUGACCAAUCUGCAGGUUGAAGAUUUCACCCAUGCGAAGUCAGGCUGCAAGAUCAAAUUCUACUUCAACAGCAACCCCUACUUCCAGAACGAAGUCAUUGUGAAGGAGUUCCAAUGUGGUUCCUCUGGGAGAAUGGCUUCACAUUCUACCCCUAUCCGCUGGUGGCGUGGCCAGGACCCUUCGGCUCAUGGUCGGAAGAAUUUUGAGAUGAGUCGCAGCUUCUUCAGCUGGUUCUGUGACCACAGCUUCCCAGCAGGAGACCGCAUUGCUGAGAUCAUUAAAGAGGAUCUCUGGCCCAAUCCGUUGCAGUACUACCUGAUGGGCGAAGGUGGUGAAAAUGGUGAAGAAGACAGUGAGACAGAAAAUGGUGAUGACUUUGUAGUGAUUGUGGAUGAUGAUGGUGAUGAUGGUGAAGACGAGGAAGAAGAGGAGGAAGAUGUACAUGAGAUCAUGGAUGAGGAGGAGGGUGGACAAGGUGAAGCUGUAGAAGAGGUCCUUAGUGAACCAGAAGAUGAUGGUGCUGGUGCUAAAUCCUCUGCCUCUGAGAAACCACAUGAAAAAGAUUCUGAGGUGGAAGAAGAUGGCUAGAUCAUUCUGGAGAGACAGUGUGUCUGAUUGGACUUUCCCACAGUGACCUCAGUGGCACUUUGUCUCUGACCAAUUGCACUUGGAUAUGGCAGGAUAUGAUGGUGAUGGUGCAAGAUUUUAGGAGCAGUCACAUAGAUUAUUUUCUGUCUUCUUAUUUAUUGCAGUGACUGCAUUUUUUCUGCCUUUUGGGGGCAGAAAGCCACCACACUUCAGCACCCACCCUUCAAUAGUCUGAUGCUUGGCAUCUCUGCCUGCCUGCCUGCUUGCCUGCGUAUGGGGCUAUAUGCAUAUAUGCCCUGUCCCCUGAUGGCUACUCAGGGUAUUGCCUGCCCAGUGGCCUUUUCAAAUCAGCUCAGGGUUCCCUUGUUCCAUUCAGCAUUAUUAAGCUGCUGAUUUUCGCACUUCCCUGCACUUCUGUCUUUGAAGAUUUAACUCACUCUGUAGAUACUUCAAAUUUAGAUAGUCUGCUGGAGGCCAGUUAGUGCCUCUGGCUCUCAAAACAUAAUCCCAGCCUUCUCCCUGUUCAGCUAUUAAAGCCCGACCAUUUUGGGACUCAUCUGUCGCCAGCAUUCUGCCAAUUUAAAUGGAUUUAAAAUAGUUCCUGCUGGUCCAGAUGGCGGCCUCACACCUGUUGGCUUAGUUGAAGCAAUAAUAGCUCUCUGGUUGCACAGUAGUCUUUUUGGGGUUAUUGUGUGAGGAGACUGGCUGCUUCCCCCUGUGUGGUGGUGAAACAUUUCUUGGAACAAGACAACAUCAAGGACGUGUGGGCUUUCACAACCCCUUCUGCUCUAUGUAUAAAUGGAUAGCAAUGUUUUUAAUGCAUCAUCCCCAGUUGGAUUCCCUCCUUGUCCUCUUUACCCUAUAGAGGCUGUUCUAUGCAAUGCUACUGAUAUUUGUAGAAAAGCAACUGUUUUCCUUGGCUGAGAUUUUUUGUAUAUUUCGUAUCAGGACUUUGUAUGUUUGUUUUUUUUUUUACUAUAAAAAAGUACUUAAUAUACAGAGAGCUUUCCAAUGUGGUGUGAGGCUCCUUUUUUGGGAGGUCUAGACCUAUAGCUGUUCAUAUUCUGUACUCAGAAUACAGUGUAUAAAUCA